AUGUCGUCCAUUAAGUCCCUUGAGCCAUUUGCAGAUGAGUGUACAAAGAUAUUCAUUGAUGCAAUGGAAGAUUUAGAAGGCCAGCAAGUCGAUCUCGGUGCUUGGUUGCAGUGGUACGCCUUUGAUGUCAUCGGAGCCAUCACGUUUCAACGCAGAUUUGGAUUCAUGGAAAAGAGAGAGGAUGUCCAGGAAAUGAUUGGUGGCCUCGAAUCCGGCUUACAAUAUGCAGGGGUUAUCAGCCAAGUGCCUUCUUUGCACAAAUGGCUCAUCGGGAACAUUUGGGUUUCCAAGCUUUUGGCAGCACAGCCUUUCUUGAAAAUACCGGAUCCUCUUCGUACAAUGGUGCAACUUACGCAAGACUGUAUUGACGACUACGACCGACAGCCAGCUGAGAAGCAUAGAGAACGCCCAGAUUUUCUGGCUUGGCUGCGGAGUGAAGAAGCUAAAGGCAAACCAGUGUCUGACCGAGACAUGAUGAACCAUUUGAGCAAUAACCUUCUCGCUGGAAGCGACACUACAGCUAUUUCUCUUCGGGCAAUGAUAUAUUUUCUUGUUCAAAACAAAGAAGUCUACAAAAAGCUACAAAAUGAAGUCGAAGAAGCUGAUAAAGAAGGAAAACUCUCUCAGUAUAUCACCUACGCUGAGUGUCUGGAACUACCUUAUCUUCAGGCAGUAAUGAAAGAGGCCAUGAGAUGUCACCCUGGCGUAUCCUUCCCUCUUGAACGGGUUGUUCCCGAGGGUGGAACUGUUCUUUGUGGGACCCACCUAGAAGCAGGCACUAUUGUCGGAAUAAACCCUGCAGUUAUUCACCAUGACAGAAUUAUCUUUGGUGCGGAUGCCGGGAAAUUCAGGCCGGAGAGGUGGACGGAGUCAAAUGAAGACCAGGUGAAGCUGAUGGAUCGCCAUCUGAUGACUGUAUGA